UCAUCGUAAAAUGUCAGCAGUCAAGGAAGAACACAAUACAACUAGAGAGAAACCGGUUUCCCCGACUGCAGUGAAACAGCGCCUACGAUCUGCUUGUCAAAACUUGUACAAUUGAGGGAGUAGAGACAGCAGAAGACCUGAGACAGGGCUAGCACAGUGGGACAGACGAGAGGAUAUUAACAUGGAGUUAAGAUAAUAAUAGCAUGUCCUCAGCUUGGAUCAGAUGAAAUGGGCAAGUCAAGAUUUUUUCGAAAUGGCCUAAUCCUGGGUUCUGUAUUUAUGAUCCUAUUGAUUAUUAUUUAUUGGGAUGAUGUGGGAGCUGCUCAUUUUUACCUGCACACCACCAUAUCACGACCUCAUGGGGGGGGGCCAGGAAGCCUAAGCCGCUCCAUGCCUAAGCACGAGGCUGUUGACAACAAAGACAAAUCCAUCCCGUCAGGCAGUGAUGCAUUUCUUAAGUUUUUAGAAGGCACUUCAGAGCCCCGUCAAAAAACAAGGGAUGACAACACCCCAGCGGCCUUUGGAAAUGCAUCCACGGCUGCCGGAAAACCAGAAGACAAGGACAUCUCUAAGGAUAAGAAAAAGAGACAGGAUGACAGGAAGCAGUUGAUGCAUGACUUGUGCAGUAUCAACAGCACCCUAGACUUUCCGGGCAAGAGCAGAACUUUUGACGACAUUCCCAGCAGAGAGCUGAACCACCUAAUUGUUGACGACCGCCACGGGAUCAUCUACUGCUACGUGCCCAAGGUGGCGUGCAGCCACUGGAAGCGUGUCAUGAUAGUGCUGAGCGAGACCCUCCUAGUCAACGGUGUGCCCUACAGGGACCCUAUGGAUGUUCCAUCCAAGCAAGUUCAUGAAAUUAAAGUCCAUCUCACCCUCAACAAGUUCUCUCGUCGCUUGAGGAAAGUCAAGCUGAAGAAUUAUACCAAGUUCCUGUUUGUCAGGGACCCGUUUGUGCGUCUGAUCUCGGCCUACAGAGACAAGCUUGCAACAGCGGACGAGGACUUCUACAGAAGGUUUUCCACCGUCAUGCUGAAGAGGUAUGGCAAUUACUCCAACCCCCCAGCUUCAGUCGUUGAUGCCUUCAGAUCCGGUAUUCAACCGUCUUUUUCUCAUUUCAUUCAGUAUCUAUUGGACCCAAAAACAGAAAAACAGAGGUCCUUCAACGAGCACUGGAAACAAGUAUAUCGCUUGUGUCAUCCCUGCCAAAUCAAAUAUGACUUCAUAGGAAAGUUGGAGACUGUGGAUGAGGAUGCCGAGCACUUGCUCCACAUCCUUCAGGUGGAUAACAUCAUCCAUUUCCCUCCCAGCUACAACAACAGAACAACUAGCAGUUGGCAGCGAGACUGGUUUUCCAGCAUCCCCUAUGAGUCAACCAGGAACUUAUACAAGCUCUAUGAACCAGACUACAAAUUCUUUGGAUACCCCAAGCCAGAAAAACUGUUACAGGACUUGUAGGCAAACCUCCUGGGGAGUUUUUAGAGACAGCUUUGAGAUUACAUUUAUUUUCCUCACCAGAAAAUUAAUAUCAGAGCAAAAAGUCCCUGAUGGCCCACAUGGCAUUUAUGAAGUGUGAGCCCUCCAUUAAUCCGUCCAUUCUGAAGAAUCACAAUCCAGCUGACAUUGGCUUCUUAAUUGUACUCAGUGAAUUCAAUGGGCACUGGAAUAUGUACAAUAAUUGAAUGUACAUUAGAAAGGUUUCCAACAGCAGGACCUGAAUCUGCAACAAUUCUUUUGGAAAGAAUAAUAUUGGUAGGGAGGAAGGAGAUGCCAAGCAGUACUUUGUUUUGGAUAAAUGAUAAUGUAGAACAUUGUGGAACUGUAUUUUGAGGUAGCAUGUUUGUCUUCAUUGAUAAUUAAUAGAUUAUCCAGUGUUAAAAACGUUGAAUUGCUUUUCGAACAGGGUAAUUUAUGAAUGCAAAAAGAAAAUCAGUGGAGUUGUGCAUGUCAUAUAGCAGGUAUAUGCAUCCAGUCUUAACUGGACACUUACAAAAUUGACUUGUAAUCUGCAUCCAAACUGUGUUAGAUAAACAUUGGAGCCAAGCGACAAUAAGCCUAUAAAUGACUUCACCAUCAUGCGAAUUGUACCACGUUUGCUAGCUUAAAUUAUUGCCAACUAAACUUGAACAUUAUCAAAAUGGUCAAAUACAUGUAUCAAGUCCCAAUCUUCUCACCAAAACCACUAUAAAAUGUUUAAACAUAAUGUUCUUGCUAGUUUACCAGACUACAGUACAUUGAAUUAGUAUUGGGGUUAAACUCAGGAGUUUAAACACAUUUGGGAAUUGAUACUUCCCAAAAAGCUUCAAACAGAAUUCUGUAAUAAGGACUAUUAUUUUUAAAGAACAAACAGUUACAAAAAUAUAAUUUGUUGCUGUUAUAAGGAAACAAGACAAAAAUGCUUACACAGGGUGCACAACAGCUUUGAAAGGGGUUCACUCACCAGAAAAUUUUCAGCAAUGAACAAUAGGAAGACUGGGCAUAUGAUUUCAAGUAACAUUAACGAUGGCAACUGUAUUGGUGAUUACAAAAUGAAUUUUACAGUUGAAGCAUGUAGUAUUCGGUCCGCCGGAGAAGCGAAUUGGUCUCGGCUACGCCGGCUGGUGGAGAGAGCACACAUGCCUAGGUUGCGUUAAUGAUAUCUCAGUGUGUCCAGUAUCCAAAGUUAGCACUUUUCCUGUUAAUAUCUUUUUUGACAGGAGGCUAAACUCAUUUAUUCUGUGCCCGAUCAUUUUUCCCAUUUAUGAAUUAAGUGAUAAUGGUCCACGUCUCAACUUGUGAGCAUAGCAUUGGUGUUUACUUCUGUCUGGAAUGCAGUUUUUUGCUUUGGAUUUCUGAGGCGUGUUGGAGGUCUCAAAUUUAUGCUCUUUAGAUGGGUCAAUUAAUUGUUGAAUGAAUGAUUAAGACUGCACACAAUUCAGCUUCCAUAGGAAAUAUCUGGAAGCCAUGCACCCCGUUUACAGAGCAUGUGUGUCUUGUGUUCUAACAACCAUAUCAACUAUGUGCCAUUAUGAAGUAUGGGUAGAAAGCAAUAUUUGUCCCUCGUAAUAAAUAUGUAUACAAUGAUGUGAUUUCCCAUAUUGAGAUGAGUAUAUUAUGAGGUUUCAUUUUUAGUAAACACAAUGUGCAUUUUCCAUGAGGAAAUAUUUAUUGGUUUCAAUUUUUUUUUUCAUCUUAUGCACAUACCAGCAUUUUAUGCUGUUAGCGUUAUUGAAAUGAACACACUGCUGCCAAUGUUGUCUGGCUACUUUUUGCAUGUCUGUAUGUAAAAUCGUUGAUCAUUUUUAUGAAUGUUGGGGAAGGGAAAAGUGUAUUAAACAGCCUGCAUAUUCGGUAUUUUUAAUUUGUGUAUAUAUAUAUAAUUUGUAUAUUUUUGUAUAUUUUUGCUACCAUUAAAAAAAUGGUUUUAAUAAGCAUAAUUCCAACUGUUUUCCUGACAUUGAUGAUUGCAGCAGUUUUUUGUCGAGGGGGCUGGUGGGGGCAGGGCAGGGUGGGGGGAGCCAAUGAUUUAGCAGUAUUUUAUAAGGCUUUUUUGAUCUAUAUGCUCUUAAGUGAAAAUGGACUGCAUUCCUGACCAAAGGACUGACCCUCUGCUUAGUCACAUCCACUAUUAACUUUUUCUGGUCAGCUAAGGCAUAAUUGAGUGCCUGUCUGACUGACAUGUUGGUCACCAAUCAACACCCUGAGCCGACCUGAGGAGGAUGGGUUUCCCCCUUGAGUCUCGUUCCUUCCAAGGUUUCUUCCCUUCUGCCGCAGGGAGUUUUCCCUGGCCACUGUUGCCUUAGGCUUGCUCCUGUGGGGGUUUAGGCCAGGGUUGUCUGUGAAGCGUAUUGUGAUAACUG